GCGUGCGCCCUCGCCCCCCUCCCCCGGUUCCUUCGCUGCUUCGCUCUCGCUUCCUAGUCCCCAUCCUCUCCUCAAUCGCCGCGCCGCGCCUCGGAUCUGCGCGCCGCCCGCCGAAUCCAUGGCGCGGCCGCUCGCCCUCGUCCUCGCGCUCCUCGCCGUGUCAGUGACAGUGCUUCCGCUUGUCAGCUCCGCUGACGACUACGCGCGCUGCGAGGGGGCGGUCAAGGGCUGGGCGGACUCAGCCGGGGAGGGCGACAAUGCCGGAGACAAACUGAACCUCAAGGAUUUGCUCUUCUUCCUUCACAUUCCUAGAACCGGUGGGCGUACCUACUUCCACUGUUUCUUGAAGAAGCUGUAUACGAAUGCUCAGGAAUGCCCCCGCUCCUAUGAUAAGCUGCGGUUCGACCCGAGCCAUCCUGAUUGCACGCUAGUUGUUAGCCAUGAUGACUAUAGCUUAACUUCCAAGCUGCCAAGGGAGAGGACUUCCGUGGUCACAAUACUACGAAAUCCAGUUGAUCGUGUGUUUAGCACGUAUGAGUUCUCCGUGGAAGUUGCAGCCAGAUUUCUUGUGCAUCCAAACUUAACAUCUGCCAAGACAAUGACCAGCCGUGUGUUAACAAAAUCACGUGCUGUAAGUACACUGGACAUAUGGCCUUGGAAAUACUUGGUUCCAUGGAUGAGAGAAGAUCUUUUCGCCAGGAGAGAUGCUAGAGGGAAUGACAGCGUGCCAAGUAGCAAGAAAAUUAAUGCAUACGAUGUGGAAGACAUGGUUAUGCCAUUGCACCAGUACAUCAAUGACCCUGUUGCCCAUGAAAUCAUUCAUAAUGGAGCUACCUUUCAGAUCACUGGGCUAACAAAUAAUUCUUACUUCGAUGGCGCACAUGAGGUUCGACAUUGUGUUAGAAAGUACCCUGAUCUUGGUCGUUUUGUGCUUCAAGUUGCUAAGAACAGGCUGGACCGUAUGCUGUACAUAGGACUUACAGAGGAUCAUGAGGAAUCUGCAAGGUUGUUCGCUCAUAUGGUAGGAGCACAAGUGCUUUCACAAUCUGGAGCGUUGAAGUUAGAUGUUCAGGAAGAUCAACCCAGUGGCACUGACUCUCACUCGUCCAUGCUGGAUCCAGAGGAUGAAGAAACAAAUGAACAUAUGAAUAGCACCCAUGGCUGGAAAAAUAAUGAAGCUCUGAACACUACUGAGGAUGAUCAUGGAAAAGGAAAUAUGACUGUUGGUAAACUGAUGGAAACUUACGAGGGUUGCAUUGCAAAACUGCGAAAGUCCCAAUCUAGCCGUCGCAGAAUAUCCCUAAAGAAGGUCGCGGCGGCAAAUUUUACGAAGGCGGCAAGGCGUCAUGUACCUGAGGCAAUUCUGAAUCAAAUUAUCUCACUGAACAGCCUUGACAUGGAACUCUAUGAGCAUGCUAAGAAGAUUUUUGAACAAGAACAUCUUAUGCUUAAAGGCCAGCAUCCGAUGGUGGUGCAGCAGAAACAAUUGGCAGAUCAAAUGGUUCGGUCAAGCUCAUAUGUAGGCCAGCAUCCCAUGGUGGUGCAACGCAAACAAUUGACAGAUCAAAAGGACUGGAUAGAUGCUGUCUGCGAGUCCUGGAGUUGCUCUACCUGGUGGAAGGUCGCCUCAUUUUGUCUUGGGAUUGCGGUCACCACUGUUUUUGUUGUGUUUGUUGUAACAGGCAGAAGAACAUUGAAACUUAAGGUUUGAUAGAUGAGGAGGAUACAGCCCCUAGAUUUCCAUCUACAGUCGAUGUUGCCCAGGAAUUUGCGUUGCUACUCUUUGGGGCAAAGAUGUUAACAUGUGCUUUGACGGUGUCCGGGUACCGCGAGUGAAAUCUUCCCACUCGUGGCGGCAUGGUCUUUUUCCCUACACAAUUUUGUUAAAGAUGCAUGGAUGAAAGAGUUGCAACUAACUGGCAGAAGCCGGUCCUUCCCGGUGAAAA